AUGGAGAAGAAGAAGGUGGCGAUCCCGCUGGUGUGCCACGGCCACUCGCGGCCGGUGGUGGACCUCUUCUACAGCCCCGUCACACCCGAUGGCUACUUCCUCAUCAGCGCCAGCAAGGACACAAAUCCAAUGCUUCGUAAUGGCGAGACUGGUGACUGGAUUGGGACUUUUCAAGGUCAUAAAGGUGCUGUUUGGAGCUGCUGCCUUGACAGAAAUGCUCUGAGGGCUGCAUCUGCUUCUGCUGACUUCUCGGCUAAAGUAUGGGAUGCCCUUACUGGUGAUGAGCUACAUUCAUUUGAACACAAGCAUAUAGUUCGGGCAUGUGCCUUCUCUGAGGACACCCACCUUUUACUCACUGGAGGCAUGGAAAAGACUUUGCGUCUGUAUGAUAUGAAUCGUCCUGAUGCAGCUCCAAGAGAGCUUGACAAAUCACCUGGUUCUGUCCGAACUGCUGCUUGGCUUCAUAGUGACCAAACUAUAUUAAGUUCCUGCACUGACAUGGGUGGAGUAAGGCUAUGGGAUGUGAGAACUGGAAAAAUUGUCCAAACUCUUGAAACCAAGGCUUCUGUCACUAGUGCAGAAGUGAGCCCGGAUGGCAGGUUCAUCACUACAGCUGAUGGCUCAAGUGUAAAAUUCUGGGACGCAAAUCACUUCGGCCUUGUUAAAAGCUAUGAUAUGCCGUGCAAUGUCGAGUCGGCUUCACUUGAACCUAAGUCUGGGAGUAAAUUUGUAGCUGGAGGAGAAGAUUUGUGGGUUCAUGUAUUCGAUUUCUUUACUGGUGAAGAAAUAGCUUGUAACAAAGGGCAUCAUGGUCCAGUCCACUGUGUCCGAUUCGCACCUGGUGGUGAAUCAUACGCAUCGGGUUCGGAAGAUGGCACCAUUCGGAUCUGGCAGCUUAGCCCGGCUAAUGCUGAUGACAACGAGGCGGCCAAUGCAAAUGGCAAGACAACUGCUGGGGUGAACGAGGUUACAACCAAGAUAGAAGGCUUCCACAUUCCCAAGGAGGGGCAGACCGAGGGUUAG